UUAAAGUCAUAAAAACUGCAUUGCGAAAAGGCAAAAAAUAUGAUAAUCUUGCAAAAAACUAUGGAGACUAUCUAAAGAAAUUGCAAGCUAAAAAGAAUCUGAAUGACAAUAUUAAGACAAAUGCAGUCAAGAUGUUUUUUAACGAAGAGGCAUAUACUUUAAGGCUAGAAAAUUAUCACAAAAGGUAUAUAGAUAAUGAUCUGUAUGCUAACCUAGAGAAAUUAUAUGAACUUUAUUAUGAUAUAGCCAAAAAAGAGAAUCACGAAAGGUUAGAUGAUGAAAUAGAACAGAUGCUCAGAAUAAUGGCAAUUUAG